UAUGCAUGCGUCCCUGCCCAAGAGAUAAAUCCUGAUUCAACGACCCGUGAUUAUACAUGCACCCGAUAAAUUUAUCGGAGUUAUUUUUCACAUUUCAUUUACGUACAAUCAUGCACAUAUAUAUAUAUACACGUAUAUAUAUCGAAAGCAAAACCACAAGUAGCUAGUGAUAUAAGCAUUGUUGCAUGCACAUUCAAAAGAUGGGGUUCGACGAGAAAGAAGCGCGGGCUCGAGCACAAGUGUGGAAUUACGCUUUCGGUUAUAUCAACCUGAGAGUCGUGAAAACCGCCGUCGAGCUCGAAAUCCCGGACAUUGUAGAAAAGCAUGGCGGCCCAAUCUCCCUCCCCGAGCUAUCAUCCUCUGUGGGCGUCCCCACUGAAUCCCUCCACCGCAUCAUGCGGUUCUUGAUCGUCAACGGCAUCUUCAAGAAAGCUCCGCCGCCGCAUGGCGAAGUCUCCGGCGAGGUCCACUACUACGCUCCGACGCCGCUCUCCGGACUCAUGACGAGGGAAAACCUGGCGGCGUUCAUGCUGCUGCAGGAUAUGCCGACGGGGUCCAACUGCGGCAUAACUCCGGCGGCUCUGAGAACCGGAAAACGGCCGGAUGUGAAGCCCGUGAAAGAGGAGGACACGUGGGCAGACCCGGCUCACGGGAACCACGUGAAGCUGUUCACGGAUUCCAUGGAGGCCCACGCUAGGGUGGCAACUCAGGCGAUGGUCGAUAACUUUCCGGCGGGUUUUGAAGGAAUCGAAUCUUUGGUGGAUGUGGGCGGCCGCCAUGGAAUGGCACUGAGCAUACUGGUCAAGGCAUUUCCUUGGGUUAGUGGGACUGUUUUGGAUCUGCCGGAGGUUGUGGCCGACGCUCCGCCGCGUGGUGGGGUCCACUUCGUCGGAGGGAGCAUGUUUGAAAAGGUACCCAACGCCGACGCUGUUAUGCUCAUGUGGAUAUUGCACGACUGGAGCGACGAAGCGUGCAUAGACAUCCUGAAGAAAUGCAAAGACGCGGUUCCGAAAGAUACCGGAAAAGUAAUGAUUGUGGAAGCCGUGAUAGACGAAGAUGGAGAGGGAGACGAGUACGCGGGUGCUCGUUUAUUGUUGGAUAUGGUUAUGAUGUCGGUUACGGUGAAGGGAAAGGAGAGGACUUACAAAGAAUGGGCAUAUCUUCUUGAAGAGGCUGGCUUUAGUAGGCACAACGUCGUAAACAUCAAAACCGUCGUUUCCGUGAUCGAGGCCUACCCUUAAUAUAUGUCUGAGUAUGUGUAGAAUGUAGAUCUACGGUAAUAAAUUUAGCUGGUGAAGCAUUGAUCACCAGGUAAUAGAUAGAUCUACGGUAAUAAUAUGUAUUAGGGUUUGAUGUUGUGUGAUUCCAUUUUUAUUAGUUACAAUCUAAGGUGCGUAACAUGUUAUGCAGCCGAAGAUUGAAAUACAAAAUGGGAUAGAUAAUAAAUUGGAAUAUAUGAAUGAUUAAUUUAUGUAUGUUUGUUUUGUUUGUCUUUUGUAUCAAGUAUAAUAAAAGAAUGCUAUAUAAAUUCUGAUAAAAU